AUGCUACCAUCACUCUCCACUACACUAGGACGGUCACUUUUCCGACCUCUAGCCGUCCGAGCUUCUUCACGAUUCUUGCCUCCAGCAGUAGCGCAGUCCCAACGAUGGUUCGCGGAAGCAGCGGCGGCGUCAUUCAAAGCUGCAGUGUCGGAGAACGGGAACGUCACGUUGCAGCCCGCUGGCGUUGAGCACAUAAUCGAUGUUAGCAAAAAGCGUAAUAUCCCUUUAGCGCUCCGACUCACUGUCGAUUCCGGCGGAUGCGGCGGCUUCCAGUACUACUUCGAUCUCGUCCCUGUCGACACGGCUACUUCAACAGACAAUAAGGUAGAGGCGGACGAUGGAUCUGUCGUGAUGCUAGUAGAUGCACUGUCCGAGUCCUACCUUGAUCAUUGCAAAGUCGACUAUGUUGAGGAGAUGAUUGGUUCCAAGUUUGUGGUCAGCGAGAACGUCUUGGCCGAAUCCAAGUGCUCUUGUGGUUCGAGCUUCAAUGUCGGCUUCUGAAAGGCGUUCGUCCAUUCAGCUGUUGACCGCACUUCUGUUGUAUUACUAUCGAGCGUAUCAUUCAGUGCACCAAUUUUUACACUUUGCCGAGCUGGAG